AAUUGAAAGCAAUAGUCAGAAUACUUUAUGAGAAACGGCACAAUGAAAUCUUCAAUGACACAUCUAUGGGGUUUAUUACAUAAUGACAGCUACUGUACGCUCGGUCUCUUCCAACAUGCUGCAUACAGCCUGUUUUAGUAUGUUGCCAGAAUUUUGCAGAUGGGCUAAAGGAUCGUCUGAGUCACUGACAACAUUUGCAUAGUGCAUCUUCAAGUGUUGCCAGAAAUGAGAACACAAAACUUCAAAUGCAGCUGAAAGCCUUUGCACAAACAAGCCCGCCUCGAAAACAGUGUGUCGGCGGCGAAAUGACACUGAGGUGUUACCGCGUCCUGGCUGACUGUAUAAACAACAAACAUGCAUGUCUAAAUAGCACAGCUGGAGAGGCGGUCUGAUCACUCGGAGGAGUCACUGCGACACAAAUAAGCGCGGACAUUGUGGCGUUUUGAAAGACCUUACAGUGGAGGGAACAGAGGGAGAAGAGGCAUGAUAGAGUUGUAGCAGUCAUUAAGGGGCAAGAGUGCUCUCUGCUAUUCUGGCUUAUCUACUGCAAGGUGGAGGCAUGGGGAGGGUAAUUCUGCUCGGGGCUCAUGUGCAAAGCCGAGAUACAGAACAAGAGGAGAGUGGAGGGAGAGAGGGAGAGAUAGAGCCGGUUCAUUUGCAGCUCGUCCCCGUAGACCAGAAAGGAUUAUACUCGCAGAGAGAGAGAAAGAGAGAGGGGGGGGGGGGGGGGGGGUGAGAGAGAGAGAGAGAGAGAGAGAGAGAGGAGGAGAGGGAGGGAGAUGCACAGGCUCUGUCUUAGCACACACUGAGUACCCUGCCUCCAAUCUUCCACACUGCACUGUGCACUAUCCCAGUCUCCUCCACAGCACUCUCUCUCCUCUUUCCUCCUCCCUCACACACACACACACACACACACACACACACACAAGCACACACAUGUGCAGACACAAACACAACAGUGCCAUGUAGAGGGCUCGGCCAGAGGGGGACAACAACCUGCACAGGACCACGAGCCAGGUCGAGAGAAGAGAAAGGGUCCCAUGAUCUCUGCCGGUGAUGCCGAGUUCCCGCGGGAUUACCACACGCUGGCUGCCGGCGGUGGCCGCGGGGCCCGGCGGUUCGCCGACAACAGCAACGGGGGCUUCACGUCGUCCUCGCUGGACCGCCGGCACAACUCGGUGGCCGCCAAGAGCCUGGAGGCGCUGAACAGCAUCCACAAGGCGGACAUCGAACGGCAGCGAGACGCCCUCAUGGACCUCCAGAAGAACAAGUACACCAACAGCCCGGGCAGCCUGUCGCAGGGCUCCACUCCUGCUGGACGACAGCAACAACCAAACUACUGGAGCUUCAAGUCGCGCACGCCUCGUGUGACCCGCCUCAGCCCAACACAGCCGGCUCUCGCAGACCAGGCCAACCGGGUGUCCUUCGCGUCGGCUGAAAAUCUGGAGACCAUGUCGGAGCCUGACAUGCCCAUCGGAUUCAACCGGAUGAACCGGCUCCGCCAGAGCCUGCCGCUGGCCCGCUCGUCCAGCCAGGCCAAGCUCAGGGCUCCAGGGAUCUUGUUCCUGCAGCUCGGGGAGGAGACUCGCAGGGUGCACCUGACCCACGAGCUGACCAGCCUGGACACUCUGAGGGCGCUCAUCGUGCACAUGUUCCCCCAGAGGCUCACCAUGGCCAUGCUCAGGUCCCCCAGCACGGCUCUGCUGAUCAAAGAUGAGACCCGCAACGUCUUCUACGAGCUGGAGGACCCGCGGGACGUUCAGGACCGCUGCGUAAUUAAGAUUUACUGCAAAGAGCCGAUCUACGGCACCUACCCCGGACACCACAACCCACACCUGGCCAACGGAGACCUGAGGAGGGAGAUGGUGUACGCUCCUCAGGACUCUCCACCCAACCGCCGCCUCAGCAACCCGCCCAUGUCCUCCCAGCAUUCAUCCUCCUCCGCCUCACCCCAGGGCUCGCCGUCCCGCGCCCGACUCCUCUACAGCGGCGGCAGGCCUUCUUCCUACGCCGGCCCGGCCCACCACACUCACUCCUUGCCUCACCCACACCCACACCCACACCCUCACCCUCACCCCCACCAACACUCCCAGUCUCACCACUCCUCUCCCCACCAGCAACCACAGCUCCACCAGCCCCACCACACCCAGCAGGCCUUCUGCGCCUCCUCCAGCGCCAUCCUGGAGCGCAGGGAUGUGAAGCCCGAUGAUGAAGUGGGGGGGUCCAGGAGCAUGGUGCUGCUGCGGGGCGACGAGCGUGGGGGAGGGGGGAUCUACGCCGACCCCUACUCUCUGGGCCAAGAAUCAAGUCGUCUAAGUCUGGCAGGAGGUCCUCACUCCCCUCUACCGGCCCGAGCAGACCCCUACGGCUCCUUAUACCGCAGAGGAGGAGGCGGGGGAGGAGGGGGAGGCGCCGGAUCGAUGCGUUCUCUCACCUCUUACACAGCAGCUGCUUUACAGGGAGAGCUAAUGGAAAGUGGCGCCCUCUACAGACCAGGAGGGCCGCUUUACAACGACGCCUACGCCGCGUCCAUGUUGGCCAUGGGGCUGCGUGUGCCUCAGCCGUCCUCCCCUCAGAAGAUCCCCGACAUGAGGGAUUCUUACGGGGGCACCAUGCCGGGACGAGGCUCUCCUGGCAGGCAGAGUUUGAGGAGGGACUCUGUGACCUCGUCGGUGUUCGGGGACAGUCCCAAAUCUCGGGGCCAGGGUCCGGGGUUAGGACUGACCUCGGAGCAGCUCUGUUUGAUGGCCGGUCCUGGAGGAGAGGGAGGGAGCACUGGAGGCUUCGGAUCACCUCUGAUGGGGAAUGAAACAGAGACCAGAGAGCGUAUGGAGGCCAUGGAGAAGCAGAUAGCGAGCCUGACGGGGCUGCUGCAGAGAGUGCUGAGCAGAGCGCCUGAGGCGGAAAGCCCGGAGAAGAUUGAGUCAGCCAGUGACUGCUCAGGAACUGACACUGGACGCGCUAAAAAAAAGAAAGCUCUGACUCCGUCCGCUCCUUUGGCCCUGAUGCCCCCUCCGCCCUCCGGGGCCAACCAGCCUGUGGCCGUGUCCCGUCUGCAGAUGCAGCUCCACCUACAAGGCCUGCAGCAGAACACCAACGCACUGCGCAAGCAACUGUCGCAGCUACGCAACAUGCAGCUGGAGAACCAGGACUCGGUCUUGGCCCUGCUGAGGCAGACGGAGUCGGAGCUGAGCCUCAUGAUGCUGGACGCCAUGCGCACGCAAGAGGACCCGCUCCAGAGACAGCGCCUCCUAGUGGAGGAGGAGAGACUCAAGUACCUGAACCAGGAGGAGCUGCUCAUCCAGCAGCUGCAUGACCUGGAGAAGUCAGUGGAGGAGCUGCAGAGAAACUCGUCGGUGAACCACGGCCUGGUGACGGAGCAGGAUGUGGAGCAGAAGAGCAAAGAGCUGAGGAUGCUGGGAGAGACGCUCACCGAGCUCAAGAACCAGUUUCCCAGCCUGCAGAGUAAGAUGCGGGUGGUGCUGAGGGUGGAGGUGGAGGCUGUGAAGUUUCUGAAAGAGGAGCCUCACCGCCUGGACGCCCUGCUGAAGCGCUGCAACACCAUGACGGAUGCGCUCAGCACGCUGCGCAGUCUCUUGUAUCCCUCCUAUACGUACAGACAAGUCGCAGAGGGAGUGUGGAAGAGCCCCGAGGACCUCUCCAGCCAAUCGCAGAAGAGGUCCGAGGACAUGAGUCGCGGCGCGGACCUGGACAUCCUGAACAGUCCUCCUCUGAGCCUCACGGACCUGAGCACCAGCGCCGGACUCGCUAACUGGAUGCCCGUUAACGCCGGCGACGCGGACACAUCGGGACCCGAGCAGGACAUCCAGUCCUCCAUGAGCUUCAGGAACCGGGUCCUCGACGAGCUGCCGAGCCGACGCCCUUCAGAUAAAUCUGUGUCUGCAGAAGUCAGACUGGCUGCAGAGCGCGACUGGGAAGAGAAGCGCGCCAGUUUGACCCAGUUCAGCGCGCAGGACAUCAACCGCCUGCUGGAGGAGACCCAGGCCGAGCUGAUGAAGGCCAUCCCGGAUCUCGACUUCGCCGCCAGGCACAUCAACAAGCCGGCGGUGCCCCCGAAGCCCCACAUCACCAUCCCGAUAACCUCCACCACGGCUACGUCCUCUGCAGCUGGGACCACUGGGACCACAGCCACCACCACAUCCAUCACCACACCCAGCGGGGACCAGCAGCCCGGGAAAGUGCAGCUGGCAGCCCAGAAGCUGAACAGUAUGGAGGGGGCGGGGUCACAUCGAGGGUCAGUGGAUCUCAACGUCGCCCGGUAUCGGACAGAAAAACCCUCCAAGUCUCCGCCUCCGCCUCCCCCACGCAGGAGCUUCCCGUCAGCACACGGCCUCACCACCAACCGCACCGGAGAUGUCAUCGUUACCAACAAGAGCCUCAAGAUGGAAGAAGACGGUGACCUACCUAAGACCCUGGUGAAGCUGAGGCGGACCCCCUCGGACACCCCGCGACCCGCCUCCACCCCGCCUGUGAUCGCAGCGUCCGGCAUUCAGGACGAUGACGACGAGGAGAGGAUCAUAGCCGAGCUGGAAAUAUUUCAGAGAACGCCUGUAAAAGAUAUUAAACCGUUCAGCACCCUACCAAAGACCACACCCGCCCCUCGCUGCACCUUUGGGUCCUUGGGCAGAAAGAACAGCAGCAACUCUCCGGGGCCGAUGAAAGGUCCCACGGUCGCAGCGAGACUCAAACACCUUCAGCAAGGAAGCCUGGAGAGGCCGAAAACCCGCAAGCAGAAAGAGGAUUUCCCCAAAGUCCAGGGCCAGCAGCAGGUAUUCCACUUCUAAAAAAGCUCCACCUCUGACGCUGCGUCUGCCUCUCUGCCUCUCUGCUGUCACCUCAGACGACGCUUUCCUGCAACUUCUGCGAGAUCAGAAAAAAAACUGUGUAGGCCGAAAACCAGCAGACAAUGAGAUAAUUCAGAAACCAGAGAGAGGGGGGGGAGGGGGAGGGGGAGUGGGGGGGGGGGGGGACUGUCUCCAGACGCCGUGAUUUUUACCAGUUCUUGAUGUGUGUUUUGACAUUUGAGUUACUGGAUCUAAACUAGCCUGCGUAGAGAUUUUUGUCGUACGAGUAUGUUGAUGUUUUGAUUUCCUGAUGAAGGUCUUCGGUGGUGCUCGUGAUCUGAUCAAGCUAGCUUUACUCUAAUAGCCAACUUCUCUUUCAUCGUGCGACAUGAUUUCAGCAGAGCCACGGACUUAUCUCAUAUCUCAACGUCAACUUAAUGAAACCUCACCGUGAUCCAGCCUUUUCUUUUUCUCUCUCUCGCUGAACCCUCGCCCCCCCCCCCCCCCCUUUUUUUUUUUUCAUCCAGAAACGAUUCACACUACUGCUCUUUUAUCACCCGUCCUUUAAAAGAUCUCAAGGCUAGCAGACAGCGCUGCUGUAGAAAAAGUGUUGUAAUGUGUUCGCCUGUGUGUCUGGCGUCGAGCAGCUGAGAGGUCCACAUUCCAGCCAAGAGGCCCCGAUCCAUUAAGCUAGCUAACGCAGAAUUGCCUUUUAACAGCUUGAAUGCUACUAAUGAUUAUGCAAGAUGACAAGAGAGAAGAAGCACAAGGUGUUAGGUCGGCUUUUUUUUUUAGCACUUCAGUUUAACGAGUGUAAUAAAGAUGUUUAUGAAAAGUAAGAGAGGAAAGAAAGGGAGGGAGGAGGAAGACUGAACAAAAACCUCGUGUGGAAUCAAAACUUAACCAUAAGGAUAAUAAAUCAAACGAGCAGCUGAUGACAGAGAAGUGUUACCCUCGUACUGUUUCCCCAGUUUUUCUUUUUGCAAUAACUGGAAUCAUUUGUAGCUUCUGCAUCAGAGACGUUGCUCAAGAAGAGAAUUAGAGUGGCUUCACAUUAGGGACCCGGGUCCAGAUUUUCGGUACGCUUGACCCCAGAGUCCGGCUCAUUUGAUCAGUGUGAACACAAAUAUACCGUAUACCUUGAAGAGGUGCGAUUCACGUGUACUCGAGUAGAGUCGGCGGGAGAUGUGAACGCAACCGUGCUCAAACAAGGAAGUGGACGCUUUAUGACGUCAUUCUAAUCCGCUCCAGUCGCUUCAAAAACCAGCAGCACUCAUUUAGUCCUCUAAACUGCUCAGUAGAUGUGGAAGUCUUAGAAAUAACAAAAACAUCCACAGUUAGCUGGAUGGACUCAGUCUGUGAGGGGUUGCUUCUUCUUCUUUCUGCCUUUUGGUGGAUUUGCAAACCAACUGUGUGCAUACUGCCCCCUGCUGUAUCGCAGUGUGUACACACACGAGAGUACUCUGUUACAGAACGAUGUUACUAAUGUGAACGCAGACCAGCGGGGGAGG